CAUUGCCAUGGUAACCACAUGUUUCUCUGUCUUCAACCCGUGACCAGUCGGUGUAUUUUGUUGAGUUCAUGAAUUUAAGAAGAUCAACAAUGCCUGUCACUCCAGAGCAGCAGGCAGAAGAAGCCAAAACAUCAACCAGUCCUGGAAACCCAGUUUUUACCUGCGUGAUUACUCCACAAGCAAAAGGUCUGAUGUCUGCAGCGGGAACAAAGCUCGAAAGCAUCAUGUAUAAGACCACGUCCGCCGACUAUGGUCGCCUCCCUCCAACCUUUGAAAGCUCUCCGUGCACUUUCCACCCCAAAUCACAAAGAUUCACCGAAGAGCUGAGGAAGACCGGGAUGUAUCGGAACUACUCCUUUAAUACGUCCCUGGACCGUAGCAGGGUGUGUGACUGACUGCUUUGCAGCACAUGCCUUUUGAAAGAAAAAUGCAUAAAUCUCAAAUGUA